UUGUACCGUGGUUGCCUCAGCCACAGUGCAAGCAUUGCGUGGAGCGAUCAAACCGUCACCGGCAAAGUUACAUGUUGUCAAUCAUACUUCCAAUUUUUACAUCUCAACUACGUGUCAUCUCUCCGUAACACAGUACCAGUUUAGUUCCGUACGAGCGACUAGAUGAACCUGUUCGUAAGCGACGGUAACCCUCAUUGUGUCAAGGUGUUAGCAGUAUUAGAACUUACUGGAGUACAAUGUAACGUUCAGCAUGUUAGCCACGAAGAGAGAGUGGUUCCCUUCCUGAGUCGUCCUACCCUGCCGGCCCUGGCACUGCCCAGCGGAACCCUCCUGUUCAGCCCAAACACCAUCUGCCAGUACCUGUUUGAGCUGAGAGGUCAGGAGGCCAGUGGGCUCAGUAACCAGUGGCUGGAAUGGGAGGCCACUGAGCUACAGCCUGCACUGCAGCUUGCCCUCCACCAGGUGGUGCUGCAGGGAAAGGCAGCAGAGGCCUCCAGCGUCCUCCAGGCUCCUCUCCACUUCCUGAACCAGAGCCUGAGCAAGAGGACUGCCCCGUUCCUAACAUCCGAGGCUGUUUCUGUAGCUGACAUCGUCCUCUGGGCUGCACUCUACCCUGUCCAGUCUGAACCCAGCCUGGCGCAAGCGUUGCAGGGGCAGAAGAGCGUGCAGGGCUGGUUCGAGCGCGUGGGGGCGCUGCAGGCGUGCAAGGCUGCCGCACGCAAGGUCCUGCAGGGCCGGGGGCUGGAGGCCCUGAAGGGGUACCUGCAGAGACAGCCCACCCCAAACAGCCAGCACAGAGACAUGCAGCCUUGCAACAGCCCGCCAGAGGAGGAGGAGUGUCAGCGUGUGAUCUCUGAGGAGGAGCUGCAAACAGCAGCCCAGACCUGGAGCAGAGGCCUGGAGGGCUCCCCUGCCCCAUCACCCAGACAGCACCCUAUUCUGCCUCAGGAAGGGAAGAGGAAUGUCCUGCUGACUAGUGCCUUGCCGUACGUCAACAACGUUCCUCACCUGGGAAACAUCAUCGGCUGUGUCCUCAGUGCUGACGUGUUCGCCAGGUACGGUCGUCUGCGGGGCUGGAACGUGCUCUACGUGUGUGGGACUGACGAGUACGGCACGGCCACAGAGAACAAGGCCCGGGAGGAGGGCCUGACGCCGCAGCAGAUCUGUGAUAAGUACCACGCCGUCCACGCCAGCAUCUACAGCUGGUUCCAGAUCGACUUCGACUACUUCGGCCGCACCACUACAGAGAAGCAGACGGAGGUGGCCCAGAACAUCUUCUGGCGCCUGCACGAGCGGGGCUUCCUCCUGGAGGACACGGUGGAGCAGCUCCGCUGCCAGAGCUGCCAGCGUUUCCUGGCUGACCGCUUCGUGGAGGGGGCGUGUCCUCACUGCAGCUACCCAGAGGCCCGCGGGGACCAGUGCGACAAGUGCGGGCGACUCAUCAACGCCGUGGAGCUCAGGGACCCCCAGUGUAAAGUCUGCAAAGAGACUCCUGUCAUCCAAUCCUCAAAACAUCUGUUCCUAGACCUACCCAAGUUGGAGAGUGAGCUGGAGGCGUGGCUGGAGGGCUCGACGGCGGCGGGUGAUUGGACAGCCAACGCCAAGCAGAUCACACGGUCCUGGCUGAGGGACGGUCUGAAGCCACGCUGCAUCACCAGAGACCUGCGCUGGGGCACGCCUGUACCCCACCCAGACUUCUCUGACAAGGUGUUCUACGUGUGGUUUGACGCUCCCAUUGGCUACCUGUCCAUCACGGCCAACUACACCGACCAAUGGGAGAGGUGGUGGAAGAACCCCAAGCAGGUGGAGCUGUAUAACUUCAUGGCCAAAGACAACGUGCCUUUUCACAGUGUGGUGUUCCCCUGCUCUCUGCUGGGCGCCCAGGACAACUACACACUGGUCAACAACCUCAUCGCCACGGAGUACCUGAACUACGAGGACACCAAGUUCUCCAAGAGUCGUGGCGUGGGCGUGUUUGGGGACAUGGCGCAGGACACGGGCAUCCCGUCGGACGUGUGGCGCUUCUACCUGCUCUACCUGCGUCCCGAGGGCCAGGACUCCGCCUUCUCCUGGGCCGACAUGGCCCUGAAGAACAACUCUGAGCUGCUCAACAACCUGGGCAACUUCAUCAACAGGGCGGGGAUGUUUGUGUGUAAGUUCUUCGAGGGCCGUGUGCCUGUGAUGCAGCUGCAGCAGCAGGAUCUGAGUCUCCUGGCGCAGGUGGGCUGGGAGCUCCGACAGUACAUCCAGCUGCUGGACAAAGUCAGGAUCCGUGAUGCCCUCAAGUGCAUCCUCAACAUCUCUCGCCACGGUAACCAGUACAUCCAAGUCAACGAGCCCUGGAAAAAGAUCAAAGGAGGAGAUGCUGACAAGGAGCGAGCGGGCACGGUGACAGGUGUGUCGGUGAACGUGGCGUGUCUGCUGUCGGUGAUGCUGCAGCCCUACAUGCCGUCGAUGAGCCGGACCAUCCAGGAGCAGCUGCAGGCCCCGGCGGCCUGUGAGGCGGCCAUGCUGCUGGGGGAGGGAAGCUUCCUCUGCUCCCUGCCCGCUGGACACCACAUCGGCACGGUCAGUCCCCUGUUCCAGAAGCUGGAGGCUGACCAUAUCGAAGGCCUGAAGAAGAAAUUCGGAGGUCAGCAGACCAAGCCUGGCUCCGCCCCCACUCCUAGCUCCGCCCCCGGCCCAGGCUCCGCCCCUGGCCCCGCCCCCGUUGCCGUGGUGAACGGAGCAGACCCGGAGCUGGUCAGACAGCUGACCCAGGCUGUGGCAGAGCAGGGGGACAAGGUGCGAGCGCUGAAGACCCAGAAGGCAGACAAGGCCCUGGUCACAGCCGAGGUGUCCAGACUGCUGGAGCUGAAGAAGCAGCUGGCCCAGGGUCAGAACCCAGGGCCCACUCCCCCUCAGAAGACCAGGAAGAAGUGAGACAGACAGACAGGUAGAGGGACAAACGGCAAACAGGGAGACAGACAGACAGACAGAUAGGGAGACAGACAGACAGGAAGACAGACAGACAGGAAGACAGACAGACAGACAGAUAGGGAGACAGACAGACAGGAAGACAGACAGACAGGGACAGAGACAGGGACAGAGACAGGGAGACGGACAGGUAGAGGGACAAACGGCGAGACAGAGAGACAGAGUGAAAGACGGACACGAAAUGAAGGUUCAGAUUAGCGUAAUUUUAAGUGGUAUUAAGAUUUCCAGACGGGGAUAUUGAAGGGAUGAGGGUUAAUCAAGAGACCCAGGGAUGAUGGAGGGAUGAGGGCAGACGAGGACUCAGGGAUGAUAUGUCUAAUGCGCAUGAUUUACGGAGGGCGGGAGCUG